GGAACACCUGGCCGUUGAUGGAUUUAUUUUUAUCAGGAGGAAGAGUGGGGCACGUGAGAGGCCCGAUGAUUGGCGGCGAGGGGCACGUUUGCGGCCACGGGAAAAAGGGGGCGCCCAUUUCAAGAUUCACGAUUCAACCAUUUCAUCCAAUUCACCCACGGGAUGUCUGUUCAUCUACUAUUCCGGCUCAACCUGGAAACAAAUCCAUUGACAUGAUUCGCACUCUUCAAUUGCCCUCUCAAUUCCAUCCUUGAAUCUCUCCCUCUCCCUCCUCGGUAUGGUGGGAAUCGGUCUCGCCUUGGGUCACACUGGACCGGGCUAGCCCCAGCCCAUCCCGGCCGAUGCACCCAGUGCCACCGCCUUUGACUGGAUCGGGGCCACCGAGAUAGCUUCCCCGCGAACUAAAACCUCCCCGUGCGCACUUUGCUUCUGAUCAUCAGUCAUGCGAUGUCGCCCCCUGAAGGUGUCGCGCCCUGAAGGGUGGCGGAUACCAUCUUGUCUGUUGCUGCAGUCAGGUCUUUAUUGAUGGUCGGUUGCGGUCGGCUGGCGCGUGGAGAGCGCGAGAGAGAAUUAGAAUUCAGGUCAGAUGGGAAGUCUCCCCAUUCGUCGCACUAUUAUGACCCUCCUUCAUCUGCCUGAGACAGUUCCCAAUUGCGGCUGCCCCAUCCACAGGUCCACACAUGCUUUGUAUUUUCUUAUGCUUCUCCAGCCCCUCCCCCCCCUUCAUUGAGUGUCCGGGGGCAGCCGCUGAUGGCCACGUUGUGUCCGAGACAUUCCUGAUGGGCCACCGCCUGCUUCAUCCGUUGCUCCCACAAAUUGGAGAACCCAUUUGCGAACUCGGCGAGUUUUCUGCAACGGAAGAUCAGCCUCAUCCGGGGAGCUAUCCCAUCGCAAAUCACCCUUGUAGAAUCCAGCCGUAUCCGUCGCGUCCACUGGUUGCCGAUGUAGCAAUUCGACUCUGGUCAUUCUUCCCCGCAGACUUUGUCCGUAGACCUGAUCCCGGAAUGAACUGAGCCCGACAGUGGAGAGCAAGAUGAUGUCUCGUGGACGGAGCAUGGCCAGUGAACGGCCGAGUCGAUCUGCGUCUUGGGUCUUGCAGGAGAUGGACUUUUGGGCUGGAAUCCAGAAAUUGACCCCAAAGCCUGUCCGGGUCUCGUCGGCGACUAUCAGCUCAAUGAUGUCAAGCUCGGUCUUCCAUCGUCGUGUCACCACGCGACGGGGUGGGUGGAUCGCAAUGAUCCCCACGAUCAAGUUGACCGUCAUUGUCUGCGGUGUGAUGGACUGGAGAUAUCCUGCUGUAGGAAGGUCUUGCAGAUCGCGAAUCGGGCCAGAGAUUCGUAGAGACCGAGGUUCCUCAUCGUCGUUUACUUCGGCUGCCGUCCUUGUGGAGGCUGCAUCUAUACAAGAGAGCGGACCUCCGCUCUCCUGUGUAGAUUCUUCAUCUCGCAGUCCCGAGACAAAUAUCUCCGAUGUUUCAUGGAUGACAAAUGAAUGAUCAUAAAACUCCGAGAGGAUCGAGUCCUCGUUCAUCGAUUCACCAUCAGCUUCCACCAGCUGGGCUGCCGUCAAAAAGCUUGGAUUCUCUUGUCCAUGGUAGAAUUCAAAGUAGCUGGCGGGAUGCUCUAUGUGAAGCGGUUGGAGAACUCUCCAUUUCACGGGAUCUCCACUUUGAAUGAUCGAUACCUCAUGCUGGUGGAUGUCUGUGCCUUGAAAUGGUUGUAUAGCGCCGUUGAGUAGUUCAUCGUUAUCCCAGUCCAGGCUGCUAGGCAAUGGUGCACCCAUUAAGAAGAUCGUCUUGAGCACCAUCUCGCUGGAAGCCGAGCUAACCGGCUCAUCUGCCUGACCGAUUCCUGGUUUGAUCGAGGCUUCCCACCAGUUUGUCCCAUGGUUUUGGAAUAAAGAUCGUUCACUCGGUGGUUCGUAUCAGACGAGGUCAACUCACGAUGAUGUAGAUGAGGGCAUUACGGAUUUAUGAGAGCUGGAUUCGAGCCUCUGUCUUGGGUGACCACGACUGAAUCCUGAUGUAUCAAGACUAAGGUGAUAUCGUGGGUAGUUGGAGGUGGAAAGAAAAAGAGCCGUGGUAACCACAGAAACUCGGCCCAGGCCCGAACCGUGGAUGGUCAUGGAAGAUGGCAGGUACUGAGAGGGCUCUUGGAUAUUAUUUCACCGAGACUCUGGGUGAAGACACCCAACUCACAGUUCACUACAUGUCAAAACUGCUUGACAGAUUCUCUACCUACUUUGUGGAAACAAACAUUUGCUCGAAAACCUUUACCGAUUUGUGUAUAAGCUUACCUAUCAACCUCCUACUGUCGGACUGAGUGAUGCCCCCCAAUGGAGGAUCCCACGUGACCCUACGGUUACUCACGCGGGCCCGAGUGGCAACCGACAUUCGCCGCAGCCCCAGCGGAGUAAAAGCCAUCGUCACCGUUCAACCCCCCUCGUCUCCGCAUCUUCACUGUCGGCCAUGGCAGUUGUUUCGAAUAACAACUAAAUCCCUUCUGUUCUUCCUUGGUCAAACAUUCCCACAUCAUCCACCCCUAGAGGAGCAGACUCUCCUCUUCUCCGCGGCCAAGCGCCGUUGUAUACCGGACAAAUAUGGCCUUCCAGGUCUCGAUUCCUCGGCCGAGCGUCGCCGCGGUGACAUCGGAUCUUUGGCCCUCCAUGUCUAACGUGCUCGCCGCUCCCUUCAUGCGGGCCGCUGGCCGAACUCCGACAGGCGACGUGCGCGGCAUUCGCCAGCAGUCUUCCUUGUCAGAGCAGAACGUGGCGACAUCCCAGCGCGUGUCUUUGCCCGAAUGCCUCGACACCGUCUCUCUGGAAGCGUUGAGAGCCGGUCUUGUGCACCGGUCUGCGCCGCGCGGGCUAUCAUCCAUGUUGAGCGGAGGCACCACCUUCUGGGCCCCGUCAACCACCCCCACAGUUCGCGCUUUUGCAUCCUCUACCACCCGAUCCUAUUCCACCUUGACACCCUUCCAUCUCAGCAACCUCCGUGCGGCCCCGAAGAUCAAUGGACUCUCAAGACUUCAGCAGCAAAGAUUCCUGUUCGGCGGCCCUUCACAGAACAUGUUGGCCCAGAAGGAAAAGACCGCAAACAACAACCCGAACAGUGCAAACGCCCAGAACACAUUCUACCAGGCUCUCCUCCGUGCAAAUAUGCCUGCGAUUGUCGUGGAAAGAUACCGGAGCGCUCAAUUUGCGAGCAAUGCCGCUUCUGAGGCAAUCUAUGCGAAGGCGUUGGAACGUGUUGGUGGUGUUGAAUCUGGUGCCAUCGCAGGUCAAAAUCAGAAUCUCAACUCGGAUCAGCUUCAGGCCAUCGGCCAAGCUGUCGCUGCUCGGUCUCAUGGUGGUCAAAUUGGCAUGGCAAACAAGCCCAAUGGUACUGGUGCCAAGGAGGCUCCUCUCUAUGUCGUAGUGGAGGAGUCCCUGGGCAACACCGUCUUCCGCUGGGUCAAGUUCCUACUCAUCUUUGGUUUCUUCACUUAUCUGUCCCUCGUUCUGAUUACCAUCCUGGUUGAAACAACCGGAGUGUUGAAGAACAUUCGUGGCACACAGAACAAUGAGGCUCAGCCUGAGAAGCAGACUGUCCGUUUCAGCGAUGUCCAUGGCUGCGACGAGGCCAAGGAUGAGCUGCAGGAGCUGGUUGAAUUCCUACUGAACCCUGAACGUUUCUCCUCCCUCGGUGGCAAGCUCCCCAAGGGUGUUCUUUUGGUCGGUCCUCCCGGUACUGGUAAGACUCUCUUGGCUCGUGCUGUUGCUGGAGAAGCGGGUGUCCCCUUCUUCUACAUGUCCGGUUCCGAGUUCGACGAGGUCUACGUCGGUGUUGGUGCCAAGCGUGUGCGUGACCUCUUCACUCAGGCUCGCGGCAAGUCUCCAGCCAUCAUCUUCAUUGACGAGCUGGACGCCAUAGGUGCGAAGCGAAAUGAACGUGAUGCCGCUUAUGUGAAGCAGACCCUCAAUCAGCUUUUGACCGAAUUGGAUGGUUUCUCCCAGACCAGCGGUGUCAUCAUCAUUGGUGCUACCAACUACCCGCAGUUGCUGGACAAGGCCUUGACCCGACCCGGUCGUUUCGAUCGCAAGGUUGUGGUCGGUCUUCCCGACGUGCGCGGCCGCAUGGAUAUCUUGCGCCACCACAUGAAGAACGUUCAGAUUAGCACUGAUGUCGACGUUGGUGUCAUUGCCCGUGGUACCCCUGGCUUCUCUGGUGCUGAUCUUGAGAACCUGGUUAACCAGGCUGCAAUCCAUGCCAGCCGCGAUCGCAAGCCCAAGGUCGGUCCUCUGGACUUUGACUGGGCCAAGGAUAAGAUCAUGAUGGGUGCCGAGGCUCGCAGCCGUAUCAUCCAAGAUAAGGAUAAGCUUCUGACUGCCUACCACGAAGCUGGACAUGCUCUGGUGGCUUACUUCUCACGAUCCGCUACCCCAUUGUAUAAAAUUACCAUCGUUCCUCGAGGCAUGGCCUUGGGUAUCACUCACUUCCUUCCGGAGAUGGACACCGUCUCCCGGAACUACACCGAGUAUCUCUCCGACAUCGACGUUGCCAUGGGUGGCAAGGCUGCCGAAGAGAUGAUCUUCGGGCCGGACAACGUUACCAGUGGUAUCUCAGCGGACAUUCAACAAGCUACUGAAACUGCCUUCACCCUGGUCACCCGCUUCGGUUACUCCAAGAAGCUCGGCAACGUUGACCUGUCAACCAACUACGACAGCCUCUCCUCGGAAACCAAGCAAGAGAUCGAAGGCGAAGUACGACGUCUUGUAGAGGAGGCCCGCGCUCGCGCAACCAAGAUCCUCACCGAAAAGCGAAACGAGCUUGAAAUUCUAUCCAAAGCCCUGAUCGAGUACGAGACUCUGACCAAGGACGAAAUGGAAAAGGUUCUCCGCGGCGAGAAGCUUGACAAGAUGGCUAUCUCGCCCAGUGCGCCAAUUAAGCUGCCGGAUGCCCUGCAGGCAGCUGGAUUGAACUCGACACCGGCAGCAGAGGUCCCCCCUACCGCGUCGGAUUAAAUCCGGCUCUCGCGCGUAGAGCGCCUGCCCCCUGCGGUGCUUGAUUUUUCUCUCCUCUCUCAGUGCAUGUCUCAUCGUACUCACUUUUCUUUCGAUCUUAUUGCCUGGCCGUCUACUUUUUUUUUAUCUUCGUUGUGCAUUCCCGGAUCGUUCGGGCGUCGAUAUUGAAAAUACCAUUUUCUUUUCCUCUAUCACUUUAUCUGGUCUCUUCUUCAUCAAUUUUCUUAUUUUUUAUCUCUGACUGUAUCGUCUGUACAUAUAAUAUUGUAUGCCUACCGCUAAAUGAAUUGAAAGCGAACUGUCUAUCAAUGCUGUGACUCGACCGUGUCGGACAUCACCCCUAGUCUUAAGAUUCGCAUCCAGGAGUCAAUUCGAGAUUAGAGGUUCAAAUGAAAGAGCGAUUUAC